CGCCAUGUAUUCCUAUAGGCUGUGAGAGUUUGGGUGUUCGUUUGCGUGUGCUUUUCGGUUCCAAUUCGUACAUUCGAUCGCCUCUGCGCAGCUACAGGUCUUCAUGGACUCGCGGGCUUUCUGAUCCAUCACCAAACAUUCGCAUUGAGCACACUCUCUCUCUCCUAGGGCUCCAAUUUCCCCCAAAUUUCUCGCAAUUUGGAACCGAAACUGAGACCAAUUGGGGGUUUUCUGCGGCCUGAUAAAAUUCCUAGGGUUUUCCGAUGACCUAUGACGAUUGUAAGGAUCGGGGAGAGGUGGUGCCGGAGCUGAUUUUGAGAAUUGGGGGCGAAGACGGCAAAGGGGACUAUAUGAAGUUGGGGGAUGGUGAUCGUGGCGGUUGUGGGACGGCGGAGGGGUUUGAGGCGGAGGUGGAGCCACCUUCUACUAGAAAGUUAGCUUCUUUGUGGUAUUGGGUUAGGUUGGUACUGUUGGUUAUGUGCUUGGGGUUGUUGGCUGGGGUUUUUGCAAAAUGGGUCGGACCAUAUUUCAUGGAUAACGAGAUUAUUCCAAUUCUUAACUGGGAGACAAGAACAUUCAGUCCUCCAGUGCUUGCAGUUCUAGUCUUUGCUUCUGUGGCAUUAUUUCCCACUGUACUUUUACCAUCGUCACCUUCUAUGUGGGUGGCUGGCAUGACUUUUGGUUAUGGCUAUGGAUUUCUUCUAAUCAUAUCAGCAGCAGCUGUGGGUGUAUCACUUCCAUUUUUCGUUGGCUCUCUCUUCUAUCACAAAAUUCAAGGGUGGUUAGAAAAAUAUCCAAAGAGAGCAUCUGUUUUAAGAUCAGCUGGGGAAGGAGACUGGUUUCAUCAGUUUCGAGCUGUAACAUUAAUCAGGAUUUCUCCAUUCCCUUACAUUAUCUAUAAUUAUGCUGCUGUGGCAACAAAUGUCAAGUACGUUCCUUACCUGUUAGGGUCAUUGGCGGGAAUGGUGCCAGAAACAUUUGCCGCCAUCUACACUGGGAUCCUGAUACGGACGUUGGCAGACGCUUCACAUGAGCGCCAUGGUCUUUCAGCCCCACAGAUAAUCUUCACUGUAGUUGGCUUCUCUUUGACUGUGGCUACCACAAUUUUCUUCACGGUGUACGCCAAAAGGCAGCUUAAGGAAUUACAAAAGGACGAAGAGCCACUGCUGCACUAAAGCUUAUGGUCAGGAAGACAGAAACACGGUGCGGGGAUGAAGUUAUUUUACUAUACGGCUUCUUCCGUUGAUCUUGUCAUUGUAUUGAAUUGAUGCAAAUAUAAAUAGUGUGGAAGACGCGGAGGAGAAGCAGCCAUGACAUGCAUUCAAGAUGCUUGACACUAUUAUACCAGGCAGGCAUUUUUUCUUUAAAACAAGUGUUGAUUUGUUCUCCCUCUCUCUCUCUCUCUCUUAAUUAUCUGAUGUAUAUGAUUGAAAUGAUGCUUCAAUGAUUGGAAUUGAACUCUUGCAAGAUUCUUGACUGUAUAUAACGAAGGACUCAUUAGUAUAUUGAUUUAGAUUCCCCUCU